GCUUGGCGGAGGGCGUGAGCGCUCCCGGGGGGAAACGCUGCACCUGGGCCGGGAAGCCAGCUCUCCAAACCCUGGGCCUGAUGUCUUCAGCGACGUUGCCCGGGACCAUGGCCAGAGCGGCGGCGCUCAACUGAAGACUAGCAGGCGGUUAUAAAACCAUGCGUUCUCUGUUUGCCUUGAACGGACUGUAGAGAGAUGGAUUUUUAUGAGGACUACCAGUCCCCGUUUGAUUUUGAUACAGGAGUGAACAAAAGCUAUCUCUACUUGUCUCCUAGUGGAAAUGCGUCUCCACCUGGAUCACCCACUCUUCAGAAAUUUGGUCUUCUGAGAACAGACCCAGUGCCCGAGGAAGGAGAAGAUGUUGCCGCCACGAUCAGUACCACAGAGACCCUGUCAGAGGAGGAGCAAGAAGAGCUGAGGAGGGAACUUGCAAAGGUAGAAGAAGAAAUCCAGACUCUGUCUCAAGUGUUAGCGGCAAAGGAGAAGCACCUAGCAGAGAUCAAGCGGAAACUUGGGAUCAACUCGCUACAGGAACUGAAACAGAACCUCGCCAAAGGCUGGCAAGAUGUGACAGCGACCUCGGCAUACAAAAAGACAUCUGAAACCUUAUCUCAAGCUGGACAGAAGGCUUCAGCUGCUUUCUCAUCUGUUGGAUCAGUCAUCACCAAAAAGCUGGAAGACGUAAAUAUACGCUCCAUUCAACAUUCAAUUAGCAUGCCUGCUAUGAGGAACUCUCCAACUUUCAAAUCAUUUGAAGAAAAGGUCGAAAACUUAAAGUCUAAAGUAGGGGGAACCAAGCCGGCUGGCGGUGAUUUUGGAGAAGUCUUGAACUCGACUGCAAAUGCUAGUGCCACAGCCACGGAACCUCUUCCAGAACAGACACAGGAGACCCUGUGAGAGCCCUACCUUUGUUCUGCUACCCACUGCCACAUGCUGCGGGCGACAUCCAGGCACAUCUUGUCAUCAUUCGUCGCCAUGAAUUUCCACCAGAUGUGCUUUUAUUUAGCUUUACAUACUCCUUUGACCAAAUUGUUUGUGGGUUGAACAAAAGAAAAAUAUCUUCACCUCUAUUCCUGGGGAACACCCUUUAAUGUGCAUUUAAAGCCUUUUAUUUGGGAAACGCCAUUAUAAAAGCACAUGUAGUACCUGGAGAGCCUCACUAGAAUGAUCUGAGAAGCUGCAGGUUAUCGUAACUACUUUCCUACUUUACAAAAUUGCUCUGGAUCUGGGAUGCCAGUCUGAUCUUUGUCUUCUGUAUGAUUUUCUUUAUUUUCCUCUUUGAACCUCUGCAUAUCUGAUUCCUAACUAAAACUGUUUUUUUAAAAUUUCUGAAUCCUGGUUAUUAAAAGUUUUGGCAUAAUUUUAUUUACCUCCAAGGAAGAACUACCAGCUACAAAAGAUAUUUUGAUUAAACAUUGUUGUGGUGUAAGACAUCUUAUGUCUUGGCUGUCGUAAGACGCCAGACUGAAUGAAUCAGCUCCAUCCAGUUUGUUCUAGUUUUGUAAGUGACAAUAUGUACAGCAAUUCAAACUGCUAGGUGACGUGAGUGUGGAACCCUUACAUCCUUGUUUAUCACCAUUUGUGACAGUAAUGAUUUCAGUGUAUUGCUUAUUAUGCCACUUAUAUUAUUUUUCACCAGAUUAAAAUUUUAGUUUCAGAGUAAAUUGAGAAAAAACCUUCUGAAUCAAGCAUGUUAUCAGUAGGUUGAAAUAGGAACAUACUCUCGUCAAUGUUCAAUUCAAAGCCUGAAAGUUGUUUUAGAUCUAAGUAGUUGCAAAAAUGCUAAAAUCAAUCACUUUAGGGGAAACAUUGUGUCUUUAUUUAAUUCAUUUAGCACCAUUUAAAAUAAGCACACAAAGUUAUAUGGCUAAUAUAACUUGAAAUUUUUUUAUACUAAGGGGGUGGUGAUAACUCCUGAGUGUUUAAUGCAUUAAUAAAAAUCAACUUACGUUCUACUUGUUUUCAGUGUGUUAGAAAUUUUUAAAUGAAACUGUAGACAUUUCCUCCUACUUUGAAAACUGAGUGUCAGGGCUGAAUGAACCGAAGCCUCUAGAAGUACCUGCAUAGAGGCCAAGGUACUCUCUUAAGUCUAACAGCUACUUACCCAUUACCACCACUUUUUCCUUUUGCUGUAUAUGGUUGUGGCCUACAGUGUUGUAUUUGUUAUUUAUCAGGUUGUGAUUGUUUUAUUAUUGUUUAUGCCAAAUGUUAAUUGCCAAGCUUGGAGUGACCUAAAGCAUUUUUUAAAAGCAUGACUAGAUUUACUUCAGGAUAACUUAUGAAAACCAAAUUUGAAAAGCCACAGGUGUUGAUUGUUAUAACAUGCUGCCAUUGUUGAUUGCUAGAGCUUCUGUUAGCACUUUAGAUACAAUUGAAACUAUGCUCUAUUACAUGUGAAAAGCUUAAUAAAUUCUGUCUAUCAGUAAUAUAGGUCUCAAUACUUAUUAUGAGACCAAUGGUCUGGAAACAACUCAUUGUAUUAAAUAAUCAACUGGUGUCUAUGCUAAGAAAACAGUUGUGUAACCAUCUGCUUUAAAUCACUACUUAAUGCUAUCAGAUUAAUAUUAUAAAUUAUUUCCUUGUAGAGGCUUUAAGGUAAAGAUUGUCGAAGCAUUGUCCUGGAGGAGUGGAUCUGUAGAGAUUUGUUUUAUAGGAACAUUAUGGUUACUCAAUAUAACUGUUAAAUUAUUUUUUCUACCAAUUAGUCUUUCAACUUUUUGUCACAUCUUCUUUUCAUCCCAUUGUUUCUUGGGUGUCCUGCCCUGUUACUAUCUUUUCAACAAGGCAGAAUAGAAUAAGAUAGCAGUUUUAGUUGGGUGAAAUAUCCUCAAAUCUCUUUACUCUCUGGGGAGAAAUGACAAAUGGGUGGACGGUGGAAUGGGUGUAUGUGGGUAUUGGUGAUGGUUGUGAAAGAAGAAAUCAGAGAAUCGCUUUUCUAGACCUCUGCCUAUACUUAUAUAAAAAUGAUUUCAUCUGUUGCAUGAAAUAGAGGCAUGAAUAAAAAUCAGCUUAUUAUGUUCUACUUAUUUAAGACUACUCUGCCUCUGAAAAGCAGUAGCAAAAAGUAGAGGGAGGAUAAAUUUAGAAAAAUAAACAUGGGUUUAGAAAUAUUAUUCAAAAUGAUCUUUGUGGGAGAUUCAAUAUUAGGAAUUCACAGACAGAUAAGAAAUUUGGAAUAUGGAAAUUACUAAGAACACUGGAGAGAGGUCCUCAUCGCUCUCUCGUGUCUUGUGUUCAACACAUAAGAAAACAGCAACUGGUGAGUGAAAUCGCAGAUAUCUGAGGAUUCAAGAAGUGUGAUAGAGGAAAAUAAUCCCUGGAAUUAUCCCCCUUUACAAAGGAAUGUCCUUAAUUUAUGGAGUUUGUGGGAAAGAAGGCAAGAAUUCUUAGGCUUAUGAGACCAAAGUAACCAGUGGAAGAAAGUAGAUCUCGUUGGAUUAUCAUUUUAGUAACUCAAAGAAACUACUGAAAUAGAGAAAAAACAUGCUUAACUUGGAAUGACUAUUUCUGGAUCUGUUAAUCAAGAAAUACACACUGUCUAUUUUUUUUGUAUAGUAUUUGAAAACAAUAAAAAUUCUCUAAUUUGGGUAUGGG